CGCUGGUGCCGUGCAGGCUGCUGGGAGAAUGGGUUUCCUCCUCUCUUCCCCAAAUGUGUGGGGGCUGUCAUUGACCUGGAGUAGCUGCAAAACCGAAGUCGCCGAAUGAUGAUGUUGUGAAAUCGCCAGUCCGUUCCUGCCACGCCCGGGCGGUUACUGGCAGCGGCGGCCGCUUCUGCUGCUCUUCUCAGGCUGCUGCCGUUUUAGAGGCUUCUCCCUGAGCAAGCGCGUGCGAAGGACGGAGGACGCCGGACCAUUCCUGUCAUGACCAUCCAAGGAGUGAUAAUCACAUGAGAGCGCUCAUUGCUCCAGAUGUCAUUUGACCAUCAAAACAAAAAAAUCUGUUUAAAAGAAAAUAUCCAUUUGACCAGAACCUUUCUUUAUUGAAUGGCUUGAUGGAUUUCCUUUACUCUGAUUCAAACCAAAGCUGUCCUGCUCAAAAACAAGAAAGGAUCUUGCAUGAGUCAAUCCCAGAAUGCCACUUCUACAUCACCGACGGGUGAAGAAAACCUCAUGAAUAUCAAUCACAGAGACUCAGAGAGCAUCACUGAUGUGUGCUCCAAUGAAGAUCUCCCUGAAGUCGAGCUGGUGAGCCUGUUAGAAGAACAGCUACCCCAGUAUAAGCUAAGAGUGGACUCUCUCUUUCUAUAUGAAAAUCAAGACUGGACUCAGUCCCCACGCCAGCAGCGACAUGGAUCUGAUGCCCUCUCUCCAGUCCUUGCUGAAGAGACUUUCCGUUAUAUGAUUCUAGGCACAGACAGGGUGGAGCAGAUGACCAAAACUUACAAUGACAUCGACAUGGUUACACAUCUCCUGGCAGAGAGAGAUCGUGAUCUGGAGCUAGCUGCUCGAAUUGGACAAGCUCUCUUAAAGCGGAACCAUGCCUUGUCUGAGCACAAUGAAGCCCUCGAGGAGCAACUGGGACAAGCCUUUGAUCAAGUUAAUCAACUGCAGCACGAGCUGUCCAAGAAAGAUGAGUUACUUCGAGUUGUCUCCAUUGCUUCUGAAGAGAGUGAAACUGAUUCCAGCUGCUCUACACCUCUUCGCUUCAAUGAGUCCUUUAGCUUAUCUCAAGGUUUGCUGCAGUUGGACAUGCUGCAAGAAAAGCUCAAGGAACUGGAAGAAGAGAAUAUGGUUCUUCGAUCCAAGGCUUGUCACAUAAAGACAGAAACGAUUACCUAUGAAGAGAAGGAACAACAGCUUGUCAGUGAUUGUGUUAAAGAACUUCGUGAAACAAAUGCUCAGAUGUCCAGAAUGACUGAAGAAUUGUCUGGGAAGAGUGAUGAACUGAUUCGUUACCAAGAAGAGAUUUCCUCUCUCUUGUCUCAGAUUGUAGAUCUUCAGCACAAACUUAAAGAACAUGUGAUUGAGAAGGAAGAGCUGAGACUUCACCUCCAAGCUUCCAAAGAUGCCCAAAGACAACUGACGAUGGAGCUGCAUGAGUUACAAGACAGGAAUAUGGAGUGUCUGGGAAUGUUACAUGAAUCGCAAGAAGAAAUAAAGGAACUUCGGAAUAGAUCUGGCCCUGCUGCUCAUCUCUACUUCUCCCAGCCAUACGGAGUUUUUUCUGGGGAAUCUCUGGCGGCUGAGAUUGAGGGGACCAUGCGUAAGAAGCUGAGUUUGGAUGAGGAAUCUUCUCUCGUUAAACAAAAAGCCCAACAAAAACGGGUAUUUGAUACUGUCAAGGUUGCCAAUGACACACGGGGCUGCUCUGUCCCAUUCCCAGCUCUGCUACCCAUUCCAGGCUCCAACCGUUCAAGUGUCAUCAUGACAGCAAAACCUUUUGAAUCUGGUUUACAACAAACAGAGGACAAAACAAUCCCGAAGAGUAACUUGGAGGAAGAUCCAGGGAACGUCCAGAAAGUCUGUCAACCAGGACACUCUGCAGAGAGCGAUUUGGCUACAGCCCUGCAUCGCCUGAGUCUGCGGCGACAGAACUACUUAAGUGAGAAGCAGUUCUUUGCUGAAGAAUGGCAACGGAAGAUCCAGGUUCUGGCUGGCCAGAAAGAAGGGGGAAGUGACUGUGGCAUCCCCACAGAGAGCCUUGCCUCCCUCUGCACCGACCAGUCGGAGAUCACAGACCUGAGCAGUGCCAGUUGCCUUCGAGGUUUUAUGCCUGAAAAAUUGCAAAUUGUCAAGCCCCUUGAAGGAUCACAAACUCUGCACCAAUGGCAGCAGCUUGCUCAACCAAAUUUAGGAACCAUUCUUGACCCACGACCAGGUGUCAUCACUAAAGGCUUUACCCAGUUGCCCAAGGAUGCCAUCUAUCACCUCUCAGAUUUAGAAGAAGAUGAAGAGGAAGGUAUCACUUUUCAGGUUCAGCAACCUCUUCAAGUGGAACAGAAACCAUCAAUAUCCCAGCCAGUAACAGGAAUCUUCUUGCCGCCCAUGACUUCAGCUGGUGGUCCAGUUACAGCUGCAACCUCAAACCCAGGAAAGUGUCUCUCCUGCACAAACUCAACAUUCACCUUCACCACCUGUAGGAUAUUACAUCCUUCUGAUAUUACUCAGGUUACCCCCAGCUCUGACUUCACUUCAUUAUCCUGUGGAAGUAGUGGUAGCAGUUCAUCAAACACAGCAGUGAAUUCUCCUGCUAUGUCCUAUAGGCUCAGCAUUGGUGAAUCCAUCACCAACCGACGAGAUUCCACCAUAACCUUCAGCGGCACCAUGAGCUUGGCCGAACUUCUACAAAAGCGAGGCAUCUCUGCUAAAGCAUACCACAGCCCAGUUUCAGAGGACCCCCUCCUCCAGCCUCUCCCUAGAGGCCUGGCUAUCCCUUCCACGCCACCAAAUUCACCGUCUCACUCACCUUGCCCUUCUCCUUUGCCCGUUGAGCCUCGGGUGCAUCUCAAUGAAAAUUUUUUGGCCUCCCGACCAGCUGAAACAUUCCUCCAGGAGAUGUAUGGCUUGAGACCAUCCCGAAACCCUCCUGAUGUUGGCCAGUUGAAGAUGAACUUAGUGGACAGGCUGAAAAGACUGGGGAUAGCCAGAGUGAUCAAGACCCCUGCAGCCCAGGAAAAUGGAAGAAGCCAAGAGGCAGAAAAUGGUCUUGAAAGACCAAACUCUGCUGUCUAUUUAAAUUCAGGUAGCAAUUUAUUGAGUGGACUGAGGAGGAAUCAGAGUCUUCCAGUCAUUAUGGGUAGCUUUGGCACCCCAGUUUGCACAUCAUCACCCAAAAUGGAUAUCCUGAAGGAAGACUGAGGUUCAGCAGUUGACUGACCUCUUACACAAGUUAGCACAUGAAGGAAAGAUUUGCACUGAUACAUGUAGUCUUGUCUGAGAGAAAAGGAAUGUUGCAGAAGGGUUGUGAAUGUGGGAAGGGGAAAGUGGAAGAACGGAAACAGAAUUGGCAUGAGGUCUGUCUGAUAAAUUGAAAGUAUAAAUGAAUAGGUCAUGAGUGUUUGGAAGCAGAGAAAGAAGAAAUGUUUAAUGUGGUCCUCCAGUUGGUAUUUCUUGUCUUGAAAAUAAAAAGUGACUGGAAAAUAAAUUCAGUAAUAUUGGAACAUACCAGAAAUACUGAACUUGCUAGCACAUUUACUUCUGGUGAGCAUAAGCAGGGAGGACCCAGGUUAGAAGAUGGGAAAAAAGGAGGAGCAGCUUUGACCGUUACCUUUAGAAAGCUGUUCUAGAAGGUUGCUGGAGUAAACUCAGUCUGUUAGUGAGACAACAGUGAGAUGGCUUAUCUGCUGGCCCCUGUUAAUGUCUGGUUAAAUUACACCUCCAUCAAAGAGUAUGCUCACUGCAUUAUCAGCAAGGAAUUUUACCUUUUGCAUAAGAUCAGACUAGUGGAGACUCCCUUUUUGCUUUCUGUUUUCAGGCCUUUGAGCCACUGGGAUCCCAAACAUAAUCCACAUUCCUUUUACAUUUGUGAUUAAUAAGGGUUAUUUUUUUUUUUUUUUUUUUUUUUUUGCGGUACACGGGCCUCUCACUGUUGUGGCCUCUCCUGUUGCAGAGCACAGGCUCUGGACGCGCAGGCUCAGCGGCCAUGGCUCACGGGCCUAGCCGCUCCGCGGCAUGUGGGAUCUUCCCGGACCAGGGCAUGAACCCAUGUCCCUUGCAUCAGCAGACGGACUCUCAACCACUGCGCCACCAGGGAAGCCCAAGGAUUAAUUUUUUUAAUUUGUAUUUUUAUACAGUAACCCCCCAAACAACACGAAUGGGGGGUAGGAGGGAUUUACUUUAAGAAGGAAGAUAUGGGUACAUUGGAACCAAGGAAACUUGUUUUCAGAAUAUUUCUUCUGAAUAAGUGCAUUGGCAAAGGUGUAUGAACAUAAUUACUGUACAUGUCUUUCAAAUUUCCUUGGAGGCUGGAUGGGUUAAACCAGAAGUGCAAUCAAUAGGAAUUAGAGAAUGUUGUGUAUUUAUCUUUGUAAGUAUUUUUGGAAGGAAAGUUGGUUGCAACUAAACUUUUUCCAAAAUGUGCUAUGCAUACUUUUAAUGAAAGAUGACAUAUAUUUGCACAAAAGUUCUCAGGCACAGCAAAUUAUUAUAAACUGAAGUAAAACCCAGGUGCUUUCUUUGAGAUUGUGUUUUUUUAAUAUAAAAUAAAAUUAAAACAUCUGCCUUUUUCUUCAUACCCGCGGAAGUAGAGAAUGAACUUUUUUCGAUGGGAAAGUCAAAUGCUUUUUCUUUUUCUCUGGGAUUCCUUUUUUCUCUUUUUUAAUUAUGUGAAAUGGCAAAGUGAAACUCCGGGAUUAGGUUUCAGCUUUCAGCAGUGUGACGCAAGGCUGUGAAUUGGGAAAAACAGAUCUGUUUUCUGAGCAUUGCUGACCAAGGUCUGCUUCUCAUCAGAUGACAUGGCUUUAUCUCGGCCAUGCAGUUGAGAAAGAAAUGCUGUUACAUGAAAGGCAUUAUGGAGAGAAGAUGAAGGAGGGGGCUAGUUCUUUUUGAAAAUGGGAGGCAUGUUACUUGGUCUUUUCAUUGCUUCAUUAGCAAAUGUUUUGCUCCUUUGUUCUGACUUAAACUGAAAGGUAAUUUUCUGCAGAAUUCUUGAUGGGCAUGUUACUCCUAUGGCUCCCAUCCAUACACCUGUUACAGGCCAGAGGAGGCUCCUUCUCUCCUCUUGAGUUGCCUCUCCUUCAGGAAGAGCUAUGUGCUCAAAACACACAUGCAAGAGUAAAAUGUGUGAGUUUUCCAUGAUUUUUAGAAUCUUUUAAUAAAACUUUUCUAAAUAAACUUCUUAAAAACAAAAAGAGUGACCUCUUCCCAUUCUCUCCCCCUUGCUCAGUCAUUCUGAAAUCAGCAGACCAUACACAAAGAUGUUCAGAAAGGAUUCCAGCUGGUCUGUAAGUGAACGCACAUGUCCCUGAAUGUGGACCAGAAGAAUUCCUGAUGUUUAAAUUUCUAGAAUAUUCCAGUUCACAUUUUAAAUGAUAUUUGAGUUUCUACUUCAUAAAGUAAUGCUGGGAUGCUUAUUUUAGACAAUGCUUUAAGCUUUUUAUUUAUUCUCUAAGAAAGUAAUCUUCCUGUUACCAGUUUCCAAGAGACAUCAGGAAGUAGGAAAAUAUAGGACCAGAGAGCAGUACAAAGUGUUAAAUUAUCAGAUUUUAUGUAUAUUAUAUAAACAGCUAUAAAAAUUAAGCUAGAUGUUGGAGUGUUCUGUAUAGUUAGUAUACUUUUAAAAUAACCGAGGCUAAAAUGGUCACUUUGGAGGUAGGGCAAGGGUAUAUUCACAGCCAAAUAAGCCUGUCUGAUUAAAGAGAACCAGACUUUGGUUUUUGAAAAUUAAAUUGAUGUUGCUGUUCCACCAGAAACACAAUGAUUGGAAACUGGUGCAUGCUCGUCUCUAGAAAUGAAUCCUGUUUUGAAACUGGGUUUUGUUGUUUUUGAAAUUUCCACCUAAAAUCAUUUUUGGUUGAGAAUGAGAAUCUCUAUUAUAAUGAAAUUGUGUGUAAAAUAUAGUAAGAACUGGAGCCUUGUAGCAAGUUCCUUCUUAAUUUAUCUGUUAUGUUUUAGCACUGUUCACAUUUUAGUUUUUCUUUAUCAACUGUGUAUGUACUUUAAUGCCAGUAUAGGGAACUCUGAUUCUUUUUUUUCCUUCUGAAGGGUCUCAGUGAUUAUACCUCAGGUAUUUCUGAGUAUCCUAUUAUCUACUAGGAGGGAUACCUUCCCUGUGAACUCAGAAUUAAAAUUUCUUCUGAAUUAUGAUGAUCCCAAAUCUUAUGUACAUAGCCUUAGGCAUGGGUCUUGGAAAAAAGUUAAUGACUAUUGUUAAAGUAGUUUUUUAAAAAAUUUUGUACUAUAUGUCCUUGAUUUGACCUGAAUGAACAGACUUUGGCAAAGGGAGGAAAUAAGUUAAAGGCAGCUCACAACAAGAGCCUGUUCUCUAUAAAAGGUGUAUUUUAUACAGUAUUGAAAGCCUGUUAUUUUUUCUGACCAUUCUGGUACACAAUUAGUACUUGUUGGUAAUAACAUUGACUUUUGACACCUGGAACUAGAACUCUUAGUGUUUAGUAGCCCACUCCUUUGAUGUCGGAUGCCUGCAAGCCUGUACUCCAAGUACAACACAGCAACAUCUACACUGAGUGGUUGCAUAGCCAGCACAGCUACCUGGGAGUGGCAUGGUGCCCUCUGGGGCUGCCAGGGAGAUACUGUAGUUUGAUAUCUGGGGCUUGACUUUGUCAAAGAGCUCUUUGUGCACCUACCUUUGCUUUGUCAAAUGUUAAUCAGAUAAUAAACAUGAGUAUCUUCUUAAAUUUU